AUGCCUUUUAAUAAAGUUGACAAGAAACUUUUGAAGGAUUAUAUUGCCAUUGACACUAAUAAUAAUACAUAUCAAGAAUUAAUAUCAUUAUAUAAAUUAUCUAUAAAUAAUAAUCAAAAAGUUUUAAAAGAAUAUACUUCAACCAUAAAUAAAUUAUCCUCGAACAUCAAAAAUUACUCAACUGUAUUAUCAGCAGUUAUGAUGGCAAUUGCAUUAGCAAUUUUCUUGGUAGCAAAAAUAAUAGUAUUAAUA